GUUUCCGAGUUUAUUGCAACGAUUCCAAUGGCGGCCAUUACCAGCCGCCUCGUAAAGUGCAACCCUUCUCUUUCUUACUUGGCGCGUAGAUGCUUAUCUACGAUUUCUCACGCGCCGGCGCCGCUGCGUGAGGAUAGGAAUAUCCAGUGGGUCUUCUUGGGCUGCCCCGGCGUCGGCAAAGGCACCUACGCCAGCCGCCUCUGCAACCUUCUCGGCGUCCCUCACAUCGCCACCGGCGAUCUCGUUCGCCAUGAGCUCAACUCCAAUGGUCCUCUCUCUUCCGAGCUAUCAGAAAUUGUGAACCAAGGUAAAUUGGUGUCAGAUGAAAUUAUUAUAAGCUUAUUGUCAAAGAGACUGGCUGCUGGGGACGCUAAAGGCGAAUCAGGAUUUAUUCUUGAUGGUUUUCCUAGAACAAUAAAGCAAGCAGAAAUAUUGGAAGGGGUAACCGACAUUGACUUGGUGGUCAAUCUGAAGCUCCCCGAAGAAGUACUGCUUGAGAAAUGCCUGGGUAGGAGAAUUUGCAAUCAGUGUGGAGGAAAUUUUAAUGUUGCCUCCAUUAACAUCAAGGGUGAGAAUGGGCGCCCUGGAAUGAGCAUGGCUCCACUUCUUCCUCCUGCGCAUUGUAUGUCGAAGCUCAUUACUCGUUCAGAUGAUACUGAAGCAGUAAUCAAAGAAAGGCUUCGUAUAUACAAUGAAAUGAGUCAGCCUGUGGAGGAAUUUUACCGCAGUAGAGGAAAACUAAUGGAGUUUGACCUGCCAGGUGGGAUCCCAGAAUCUUGGCCAAAGUUGCUGCAAGCUCUUAAUCUCGAUGAUUAUGAGGAGAAGCAGUCUGCUGCAGCAUAAAAUAUAAAAAUGUACUAUGCAAAUGAGUAUUUCAUUCUUUGCAUGCAUAUAUUGCAUGCUUGACAAUUUUGCAGGAAAGAGAACCACAGAGGUGGACUUCUCUAGUAGUAUUAUUUGAAUAAAUAAUUAUAUCAGGAAGUGUCCUAUUCUGAUCAAACCUAUGCCCUGUUGGGAUUUCCAUUUUUUAAUUCGGUUAUACAUGGCAAGAAUUUUGAUGCUAUUUAAAGUUGUUGGGAACGGUUAGUUUCUGAGUAUUGCUGCAUAGAUAAUUGGGUAGCUUUUAGCCAUAAUCUUCAAUAGGAUGGGCGCACAAUUUGUGUUGUAGGUGAAAUAUGAAUGAACUAAUGUUAUUGUAUUAUCACUCAAGGGAAAUAGGGAAGACUUAUACUGGAUUAACUUCCAGGAAUACCUAAUUGAUGAUGU